AUGAAGUCAUUUAUAAAACAACCUAAAAAGAAUGAUUCUACUACAUUUGCAAAUGAAGCCAAGCCAGGGCAAACCAGCUCUCAUCCUUCGAACUUUGAAACUAUGAACCGUCCCCCAGCGACUAGUCACAAGUUCACCCCCACUUCAUCUCCUAAAUUGCAACAGUAUCCUCAAUAUACUCCACCUGUCAAUGUCCUAUCGGCAUCGAGUACAAAUUCGCCGAAAAAAUUGCUAACACCAAUUAAGAAUCUAUUUACAUCUACAAAAUCAGCUGGGCCAACACCAAACUCCAACGACAAUCUACAAAGUCUAAUAUUAAACGGUGCUUCCCCCAAGGAAUCGAAAAGCUCACGAUUCAGAAAGCAUAUACGUAGCCGAAGUCAUGUUUCCGUUCCCACUAUAAACGACUUUAAGAAACCGCCUGAAAAGUCUAACGGCAACAAUAAACUCAAGCUGACCGUGUCGUCUCCCUCCCUUCAAAAGCUCAAAACAACAAACUUAGAGGAAAUAUCGGGGAAUAGAUACAAUCGUUUUGGUGAAAGUCUGCCUCUUGAGUUUGUCGAUGUGCCUCCUACAUCUGCAAACAUGUCCAGUCUUGGUCCACCUAUCCUGUUGAGUAGAGGCUCAAGUAAAAAUGUCAGCAUCGCAUCUUUAGCAGAGAGUGAAAAGUUUCAUACCAGAGAAGUGUUUUUUGAUGCAACAUCUAUGUCAUAUAUCAAUGACAAGGAUGAUCUCAAGACGAACCACACGAGUUAUUCCAGUGAGAAGUCGGAUGAAGAAUACGAUGACGAAGAUGAUGACGAAGAUGAAGAAGAGGAUGACGAUGAUGAUGACAAUUCCUCUCAAUUUUCAUUUGUACAAGAUAUGAAAGGUGGCAGAAAUACUUCUGUCAAGUACUACAAGACAAACGUUGCAAAGCCAAAAUUGGAGCAAUCUUUGGUCCUGAAUCCUUUUGACGAGCAAGAUUUGGGACAUGAUGAUGUAGAUAUGUCAGACUAUGAUUUUGAAAAUAAUGGAUUGGGAGACGAAGAUGACGACUUUGAUGAUUACAACGAAUUUGAUGGUGAAAAUGCGGCAUACAAUGAAAUGUUUCAAAAUGAUGAUCUGGGAUCUCGUACCGUGUCACAUGAAUUUGAUGAUGAUGAUUAUAGGGAACGAGAUGGCAUAUACCAUGCCACUGACUUGCAAAAUUCCGUUUCUGCUGCAGAACCAACAUUCGGAAAUCUAUCACGGAGCUUCUCGCCAGAAACAAAGUUCAGAGAAUUUAUUUCAGAGCAGGAUUUUCCGGUACAUACAAUGUUCAAUUCUUCCCAUCACUUGUCAAUCCAGGGUCCUACAAAGGAUGAAUGUAGUGAGUUACCUUCAAGUCCUGGAAGAGCUAACAUCGAGGAGGAUAUAUUGGAAAACUAUUUGGAUCCAAGCAUUCUGAAUUCCAUUCACUCAAGCAAUAACCACUUUGGGGAACUUGAAUCGCCAGUAAUGCAUCACGAAGAAGAGUUUGAGCUUUUUGAUGUUAGUAGUCCAGUGAUAAAUGGUCUCACCAUUGGUCAUAAUUUGGGACAUCGUUCAAAUAGAAUGGGCCAAAAUUCAAACAGGUCAUUAAUCCACCGUAAUCCUAUCAACAUGCCGAUGGGUCACUUUGGAUGUAAUAAUCUGAGUGAUAAGGGUGUUUCUGAGGGGGGCCGCUAUAUCGUUUCUUUCCAUGGCUCGUUUGAUGACAGUUUGAAUAAUAGCAUUAAAAGCAAACUUGAUGAUUUUGAAAAUUGGUCCAGCUCAAGGCAGAAUAGUAAGCUUAGUGACAAUGAUGUGAGACACUCUUCAAAGGCAAAGCCGCUCGGAGCUACUGUUAAGCAAUCUAGUUUUGAUAGUAACACAACUACGAGACUACUGAAGCAAGAGAAUGGAGGUGGUGUUGAAGCUAACAAGAUCUCACUGACGCAGAACAAUACUGAUACAAGGGGUAAUGACCUCACGAGUAAACAAAAUAGAAGUUCAGUUGUUGAAAUGAUGGGUUUAUUGUCAACCUUGCAACGAAAUGAUCCGGAAAAAGGGGCUGUCGAUGAGGCGUAUAAACUGACAGGUCAACAAAAUAGGAACUCAGUAGCCGAAAUGAUGGGUUUAUUGUCCAGUUUAGAAGACUCCCAGAACGUGGAUGCAAGCGAUGAAGGCGCAACUGAAUCCAACAGCAAAGAAGUGAGAAGCUCGGUAGCUGGUAUGAUGAACUUUUUGGCUUCAGUUGGAGAGAUUGAAAAAUUAGCAAGUGAUUCCGAGAAAUCUGAAAAUGGCAAACCACAAACUGCCUCUAAACCCAUUGACCAAAAUUUGAAUUUACUGCAACUGGAGCUUGAAUUACUUGACCUGCACAUUAAAAGAAAGCCAUCAUUCAAGCGAUACUCGUGGUUUAGUAGUCAAGAAAGUUUGACUUUAAAAGGUGUGGAUCCAACGGACGAUUCCAUAAAACCCCCACCGUUGGACCAAGAUAUACUAGAUGAAAUCAACCAGAUACCCGAGGAUUAUGACUACGAUGAGCAAAGCAAGUUCAAAGGAUCAACUUCAGAAAAGUCCUUUUCAGCGAUGGGAUUUGAGAGAUCUAGUUCGUUUAACAGAAAACCCAAGAAAGUCGUCAUGAUGAACCAAGUCAAACCCAACAAAGUAGAAACAUUGAGCAAGACAGUUACAUUUUAUGACAGGAACAAAGCCGGACCUUCACUACCUUUAGAUGUGAAGAGGGUCAAAAGUUCGAACUUGAGUAGAGGAUCCUCAUUUAGAUCUAUCACUUCGAUUCCAUCAGUCACUGAGGUCAAUGAGGACGAAGAAGAGUCAAAUGGGAAUGCUUCUGUGAUUCCAGUACCCGUUAAAUUAGAAAGACCAAACAAUUAA